AUUGGCUACAGCCUGAAAAUUACACCUGUGGGGGUGGGGAAAGCUACUAUAUGUAAACCAAGCCGUUUACAAAUUCAGUCUCUCCGCUCAUGAGCUUAAACAGGUCACAACUUCUCCAGUGACUUUGACAUCUUCAAGAGACGGAGGCUUCGCCGUUGCUGUUUACCUUGCUCUAGUUAUGCGUCUACCUUCUAGAUGGGAUGCAGUCGGUCCCAAAAUCAAGAUGGUCUCCUUCCACCUGAAAGUGAGGCGUACUGCAGCGAAAAGGGCGUCGAACGACGAGAAGAGGGAAGAGGAAGACAAGUCUCCGAGGCGGCACUACUGACUUACCGACAAUGGUAUCUGGUUUCGAGUUCACGGGACCACCCUACGGAAGAAACGGUAAUCUAGGUCAGCAGCGGGCAGUUGUGAUAGUGAUGUCAGUUGGGAGCAGAGUAGAGGUUCUUCAGAGUGCUGAGGAGCUGCAGGUUGAGGAUCAUGUCUGCACAGACUCUCCAAAAGCCACGGAGGAGCAGCAUGAAGAGGAGGGACAACUGCCAGCCGUUCUGGGAAAGACAGUGACACUGGAGCCUGUGGGCAAAGAUAAACAGCACAAGAGGACGGAGGUGGAGAAGUCUCGUGGGAGAAGGCGGGAUGCUCGGGGGACGAACAGAGAACAGGUGAUCCAGGCAGAUGGCGCUGCAGCAGACUCUGUCUGCUCGGUUGAGCGCUCCCGGAGUGUGUGUGUGAGUAGGAGAGCUCAAGUAAAGCACCAGAGACGAACUGUACAGGUGCACAAUCUACAGAGGAGCAGAGACAAGAGCCCAGAAGAGCCACAGGGACCUGGACCCUUCUUCUAUUUUGGAGGAGGAAAUGGGGCAUCCAUUGUUGUUCCAUACUGUGAGAGCAAAGGCUGGCAGCGUAUUUACAACAAAACCCGACUGGAUUACAGACUGAAAUGGUGUGAACUGAAAUCUUCCCAUACCUACUACCACUUCAGAGCAGGUGAGCAGCUGGUGUUCCAGAUCCCAAACAACAGAGUCUUGACCACUAAAAUAGGUCUUCUGAACAGUCUCAGAGAAUAUGACAGGGUCAUCAGCAAGAUCAACCAUGGAAAAGGACAAAGGAGACUAAAGAUGGCCGAGUUUAUUCCAGACACAUUUCGUAUGGAUGUAAAGGUUGAGAAGGAAGCCUUCUUUUCUCAGCAAGAGGGAUUAGGUGUUGACAAAAGCAACAUAUGGAUCUGCAAGCCAACCGGACUGAACCAGGGUCGAGGCAUCUUCCUUCUGCACACACCGGAGGAUAUCGCAGCCUUCAGAGCCAGGUUGCAGAUGUUAGCAGGCAACAAUACAAACAAGAAGAUUCCUUUCAGUAUGUCAAAAGCAAUGAUUGCUCAACGGUACAUCGAAAACCCUUUGCUUCUAAAAGGCAAAAAAUUUGACGUAAGAUCAUACCUUCUUAUCGCCUGCACCUCACCCUACAUGGUGUUCUUUCGUCAUGGUUACGUUCGGCUGACCUGUGACCUUUACGAUCCAAAGUCCAACAAUCUCACUGCACACCUGACCAAUCAAUACAUGCAGAAGAAGAAUCCUCUGUACAGCGUGAUGAAGGAGGAGACAGUCUGGUCCAUGGAGCGCUUCAACAGCUACAUUAAUGAGAAGUUUAUGGUGACAAAGGGUCUGCCGAGAGACUGGGUUUUAAAAGUUUUUACAAGAAGAAUGCAGCAGAUAAUGACUCACUGCUUUCUGGCUGUCAAAUCAAAGCUGGAGUGUAAACUGGGCUACUUCGAUCUGUUUGGUUGCGACUUUUUGAUUGAUGAAGACUUCAAGGUCUGGUUACUAGAGAUGAACUGUAAUCCUGCUCUUCACACUAACUGUGAAGUGCUCAAAGACGUGGUGCCCAGUACAGUUAAGGAAACUCUGGACCUGACCCUGGAGAUCUUCGAUAAAUGCCGCUGUGGCCUGAAGCUUUUGCCUCUGAGCAGUCAAAGAGAUUUCGUGUUACUGCAUUGUGGCGACACUGCGGGGGUGUUAGCCACCAAACAGAGAAGCAGAACAGCAGGACCUCUCAGAACAGUAUGCUCCAAACAACGAUCCAGAUCUAAGAAAACACAGCAAGCUGCGAAAAUUUCAGGCUGUAACUGGAUAUCUAAUACAUGCCCAUCUCCCUCUUUGAAUAUUUCAUCCAACACCCCAGAUGCUUCCAUUCAUACCAGCCCACCUUUACUAAAUUUAACUAAUGAACAAGCUACCUCAUUCACUUCAGCCAGCCAUCUCGCACCUUUCUCAGGAUCCUCAUUCCUCCUGUCCUCCUCACACACUGAUUAUUGUGAGGUUUUAGAAUCAGCCCAAGAUACUCACAAUACAAAAUCUGUAGAAUUUACCCGAAGUCAGCUGCAAUCUUGCAAAGCCAUUGCCACACACAUGGAUAACACCUGGCAGCAACUUGAAAUGACCCCUGCGACCUUGGACCUUAACAAGUCAGAGCAUGUGAAGGCAAAAACUGCAGUUAUAUCUCUGUCUAGACCUAUGCUGAAUGAUGACUCCAACAUCAUGAGCAAGCUUAUAACUGAUGCUGGCCAAGCAGAGGAAAUGGAUGCUCAGAAAGAGGACUGGAAUCAAAUUGAAGAUGCAAGAUAACGCUUUACUUAUGGAUACCAUUCAUGCCUGUUUAAAGCCUUCCGGACAACUGAUAUAAACCUAUAUAAAUAAAUAAAUAAAUAUGACUUUGAAAUACCAUAAGUGCACUGAGCUAUUUUUAGGUGCUUUUCUCACUUUGAAAGGGCACAGUGGCUUAGUGCUUUGCACAUUUUGCCUCACACCUCUGGGGUUGGAGGUAUGAAUCCCACCCCCACCCUGUAAGUGAAGAGUUUGCAUGUUCUCUCUUUCAUUCAGAGGUUUCUUCCAGGUACUCCAGCUUCCUCCACCAGUCCAAAACAUGCACUGUAGGCUUUCGUGGCAUCUCUAAAUUGUCUCCCACCUUGUCCCGAGUCCCUGCGACCCUGUACAGGAUAAAUUGUAUGGAAUAUUUAUGAAUGGAUCUCACUUAACUUUGUAUGAUCACUGAUGCCUACUGGAAUAAGCCUUUAUAAAUGUUAAUGUAGAUUUAUGUCAAAUGUCGGCUUUUUAGGCUUUAAGUUUAGGCAGUCUUAGAAACACUCACCUUAGGUAAUUUUUUUAUAUAUAAUCAUGUAAAAGGUUGUGUAUGUAAAUGAAAAUAGUUUUGAGAAAGUGAAAUCAGAAACAUACUUGCUGCUAUUUUGGGUUGCCAGAUCUGGCUUGACAUAAAGCUUAUCAAAAGCAUUCCAGUGGACAAUCUCUGUUCUUAUUACUUAUUAUAGUCAUGUUGUCUCUAUUACUAACCCUUCAUGCUAGAAAGCAACAUGUUGCUCAACUUGCUAUCCCUCGUAGACGAGUAGUGAACAGUUCUUUUGUUUUCUUGUAGGGGUACACUGUCCAGAUUUUAUUUUUAUGAUAGCUAUAUUUACCUAGUCAAACAUACUGAACAUACAUUAAGUAACACACUUAUCAGUAUAAAAGUUGUUUUUUAUUAUUAUUUAUUUACAUUUUCUGGCCAGAUUAGCAAAGUGAGCUAAACAUACUGAAAGAGACACCAACAAUUUCUGCUAUUUUGUUCCCUGAUUUAUUUUAGUAUAAAAUAUCUAUUUGACAGAAAGAAAGGUUAAACCACAGUUAUACGUUUUUCUUCCAUGUUCGCACAUCAAACAGUAAAUGGGAACUAAUUGCAGGUAGGAAGUAACGUUGUCUGUGGGGAACUGAAGAAAUGUUAAACCACAAACAUUAUAGGAUCAGUCCCAGGAAUCAUUCAGUCCAGUGGCUCGGCUUGCCAAUGUCCGUUACACAUGCAUGUACUGAGAAUAUGAUUAGUCACUGGUGAAUGGUGAAUGUGGGGUAAAGGGUUAAACCUUUUAUUAGUUUCAUGUAUUACAGGUCAAUAAAUAGUCAAUAAAGGAAGCUCACAGUGUGACGAAUUCAUUAAUUAAUAAUUCUGUAGCAGGACAAUAACCACAUGUUGCCACUGACCCAUUUUAUUCUCCUGCUAAGUGACAAAGAAAUUCAGCACUAACACCACAUACUG